UAAUCCGUCACUGUCACACCGCCGUGACGUCAUUCCAGGCAGUGAUGGCGGAGGUUGAUGAGACCGACGUGAUGAUGAACUACCACGGGGAUUUCUUAAAAAGCGACAGAAAAACCAGUCGCUACCCUUACUGCAUUGUUUGGACACCUAUUCCUAUUUUAUCGUGGUUGCUCCCAUUCAUCGGCCACAUGGGUAUAUGCACCUCUGCUGGGAUCAUCAGAGAUUUUGCAGGAUCAUAUUUUGUCUCGGAGGACAACAUGGGUUUUGGGAGACCAACAAAGUAUUGGAAGCUCGAUGUGGACAAAGUGUGUGGCAAUGGUGCUGCUACAUGGGACAAAGCAGUGUUUGACGCUUCUGAGGAGUACAAGUGUCGACCACACAAUCUAUGCUUAGAUAACUGCCAUUCCCACGUCGCCAUGGCCCUCAACCUCAUGCGCUACGACAACAGCACGUCAUGGAACAUGGUGAACCUGUGUAUGCGGUCUCUUAUUCACGGAAAACAUGUGAGCUGGGCAGCGUUCCUCAAAACCUGGUUCCCCUUCUUCAUGCUCUGCGGGGUCCUCGCCACUUUCAUCCUCACGUUAAACCUGCAGUAGUGAAGGAAGCAGCUCGGCCGAAUAACUUCACAGACUUUACACUCUGUUGUAAGAUUGAUGUGUUUUCAUGGGACUUGUGUUUAUACAAAAAUUCCAUCUGAAAGUCUUCUUUGUCUCUUGGUUAUCUAGUAUCUUGGAGGGUAUUUAAGGACAGAGUCAGGCUGUAUGUGAGUAGUUUUAGUAUCAGCUAUUUAUAGUUUAAUGUUUCUUUGUCUGUAAUAAGUAUUUAUGAGUUUGUGAGAUGCAAAAACUUAAAUAUCUACUAAUCAGCUGCAUUCUGUAUUAACUUGUAAAAAAGGAGUUUAUGAAGGGAGAUGAUAAUCUCCAGAAUUGCACCACAGCCGAGCCGCACGGUGGAAUCCAGAAAUGUGUUUCUCAAGAAUGGCAGUGACAAACGUGUUUCCACCUCGGCUUAUGCACAUUUCAGUGAUGUAUUGCUUCAAAUUGGCUUACUAAAUCAAGACGCUGAAAGUCUUCAUCAGUUAUUUGUCUCAGAGAUAUGAGCAUCUACCAAAGAUAGAAUGAUGUAGGACCCACAUGUGAUGAAUAAUGGUUUUGUGCUGUAAGAAAUCCUCUCUCCAUUAAUGGAUAAAAAAACAAAUGUUUCCAUUUUUCUUCUUUGACACGAGUGUGUUUUUAUUAUUUGUGUAUUAUUUGACAGAUUCUGAAUGCUUUAUAACUGCAUCUCAAUGCUGGAAUGUCAACUUAACUCUGCAAAACUAUUCCAAUUAUGAGCAAUGGUACAUCAUAAUAUGUAUAUAUAUUUUUAUUGGUUUGAUUUUUAUUUAUUACUGUGUGUCUAUUUAAGUUGAAAUGUGCCUGUUUCUUAAAAAGUUAUUUAGUAUGUUCUGUGUACAGAUUCCCCCCUGGCAGUCUGCGGUGUAGGUCACAGCACGAUUGUCCUCUGUACCUUUAAGGGAACCACACACCUUUUCCAUCGAGCAGAUUCUGCGUGUUAUGAACUUCAUCAAUUCACAGGAACCUCUAUUCCCCCCGAGUGGAGCACAUUCAGAGGGGCUGAUACUAGAGCGCUCUUUGCCGCCUCUACAGCUUUCACUAGUCUGUUAGGACGAAAGCAGCAUUUAGAAUUUCACUCUUUCAGCCGUUCAUCUUCUGUUUACAUUAUUUGAUCUUUCGUUGUAAUCGUCUUUACCUAAGAGAUGUGUUUUCUCGUGCUCCGAGUCUUUUUGGGAUUCCUCCUCUGUGCUCAGUGCCAGUGCUCAGAGUGUCCUCUCGGCUGUGAGUGUUUUUCUGUGACUCGCACAGUGAAAUGUGUCUCCACGGAUCUGCUCACAGUGCCAGAAAAAAUUCCAGGAUAUUCAAGGAAUGUCAUCAUCAAAGGGAACAAUAUACAUCAGAUUGGACCUCAUGCGUUUACAGAGCUGGAGAAUGUCACUAACAUCAUUUUAAGCAAUAAUAGGUGAGAAUGUCGGUGUUUUUUUUUUUUUGCUGUUGCUUCAUUUGUAUUUAUUAAGCCAUAUUAACUUUCUUGAUGUGUAUCUCAGAAAUAAACCAUUUCCUCUCCUC